ACUCUGACAUCGCCUUCGCGCUGGUGUAUUAUAAUCGUUAGUCUCGAUACAGCCUACAUGAGUGAGAAAGAGAUGAAAAAAAGAGAUUUGUGGCAUAGAAGGGAUGGCCAAGAGGUACCUCUACUGGUACAGGUCGUGCAUUGUGCAUCAGCGUAAUAUACAUGAUCGUUGAUCGUAGAGUCACCCAGAGAACGUUCGACGCCGAGGACCGAGGUUGCACAAGCUACUGGGGCUGAGCUAGUACAAGUACACGAGCGACAGAGAACGAGAGAAACAAAGAACAGAGAGAUGAAACACGACCGAUACACACAGGUAAAUAAAAUUGCGCCAAGUUUAAAAGUGUGUGCUGCUUGUAGGUAAAUAGGUAUGCAGAGAAUAAAUUUACAAGGUUAAUGUAAAGAAAGAGUGCUCAUAGUUAAUGCCACAGAAGGAAAACUACGAAAAAAUUUUCAAACGUAGAUACUUCUACAGACACACACACGUAUAUUUCUCAAUCAGUGUUUAGUUUUGUAGUGAUAAAACACGAACUCGCGGAUAGGUGUGGUGAUACGCGCGCGAUUUUCAAAACAACAGUCGAGAGUAAUUUGCGACGACGAUGGAUUUACUGGUGCGCUAAUCAUUAUCAAACAAUCCGUGCCUAACGUUGUCGCAAUCGUAGUGCUGAUAAGUGAUAAUACGUCUUCGUGAGUUGUGUCAAGUGCUACUGACGGUGAAUAUGUGCGGUGUUUUUACUAAUAACUAGGUACCUGCCUAGAGUGUUAAAAUAAUUCAUGUGUUGAAAAAAUUAUAAGGACGUUGUCACCUACUGAAAACUAUCUGCGUAGACAAGUCGUCCAGAAAAUUCAAAAUGACCAUACAGGUGGUCACGGUCGCGACAUUAUUUCUAACGUUAUUGUCGUCAUCGUCGCUGCAGAAUUAUUACGUCUUAGCAGCUCAGCAGCAUAACUGCGAUAUCCGGGAAGAAAAAUUAGACAUUAUAUUCAACUGUUGCGAUAAAUCAAUCAACGAUGGAAACUCGCACAUUACGUUGGAAUCGAUUCAACAAAGCGUACAAGAUGAAAGAUACGUCAACGUAAAUCGAAACAUACACGUUUUAAUGGAUAACAAUAAUAUGAGUUAUUUGAAACGAUUACCGAUGCUGAGUCACGUUACCAAGAUAUCAUUCAAGCGUAAUCGUCUUGCAGACGCUGAUACCGGAGUUUUUCGUAGUUUACCGCAGCUGAAAAUUGUUGAUUUUGGAUGCAAUCUGUUUACAGGUGACAGUCCGACAGCAGAAAUAUUCAGAGGAAACGAGAUUCGAGACCGUUUCGAACCGCUUCCGCUGGAGCAUUUAAUCCUGUCAAAUAAUCACAUUACGUAUUUACAUCGUGAUUUAUUCAAGUAUUUGCCGAAUUUAAUUACGUUAGAAUUGAACGAUAAUCCGUUGAAUCAUUUCACUCCAGAUACCGAACGAGCCUUACAUUCGUUGAAAAAAUUAAGAAUAUUGAAUUUAGCCAACGUGGGUAUCUCUCACAUACCGAAUCAACUCUUCGAAGCGAUACCCAUCGAGACGUUAUUUUUGAACGAGAACAAUUUGGCCGAAAUACCGAACUCAUUGAGCCAAAGUAGCACCAUAAGGUACCUGAGCUUGAACGAGAAUCCAUUGCGAGAAAUAAAUUCCAAAUCUUUCGCCAAACUGAUAAGAUUACAAGAACUGCAUAUCAGCGGAAUGAAAAACCUAUCGAGAAUCGAAGAGAAUACUUUCGUGUCGUUGAUGAAUCUGGAAUCGUUGACGUGUUCGUUUAACGAAAAGCUCGAAUUUAUUCAUCCCAAAGCUUUCGCUUGGAGAAUCCACCGUAAACUAAAAGUGCUCAACCUGAAUAAUAACGCUCUUCGAGACCUGCCUCAAAAUUUGCUCGAUUGGCGAAAAUUGGACGUUUUGAAUCUUCGAGAUAAUCCGUGGAAUUGCACUUGCUCCCUGAGAUGGCUGUAUGAUUUGCUCGAACAUAGACAACAUGUCUAUCCUGAGGCAAACGUUGGAAUUCGAUGUCACUACCCAAAACGUCUACGAAAUAACACAUUAUUAUUCGCUGGCAACGAUUUAAUAUGCGAUGCAGAAACGGCUUCCGUAUUGGGUUUAUCAUCGAACCGAUCGAAAGACUUGAUCGUCUGCAUGAUAUUCCUGGCUCUGGCAUAUGUUGCAUUACAGUUAAUAUACUUCAAACGAAUGAAAAGUAAAUCAAGCCCUCGACACUCUGGAACAUCGAUCAAAUCCACCGUUAAAUAUAAACCAGCUCAAUCUAUGAUUUAUUUAUGAGCGUUGGUUAAAUCAUGCUAAGAUAUACAUUAGGUAUAUCUUUGGGGAAAAAAAAGAAAGACAAAACACGAGGAUGAGAUAAUUACUGAAAAAUUUUAAAAAUCAGUCUAAUGAAAUGAUGAACUGCAUAACACCCAGUUCAAUUCUCACCUCGAGAGUCAUAGGUAAUACCUUACCUACAUAAAUGUAGCUAUAGGUGUAUCUCGAUAUAUUUAUGACGAUGUGACGAAGCAUUAAUUUCCGGCCGAGUUAGCUGAUGGAGAGAAAAAGUUCAACGCGAAAAUGGAAAAUGGUAUAAAGGCUUUGUACGGUUUUGAAAUAUUUUGUCGAUAGAGUUCUGCAGUCAGAUGUAAGAUGGCGUUGAAGUGAAUAGAAAUGUGAGGUCGAAUAAACGCUUUCUAGCGAAGAAGUUCGGAUACGAAUUCGUAUCUAAAAUGUUAACAGCAUGAAAUUUUUGAAAUAAUUUUAAGAUGUAAAGAAAAGGGAACCGAAUUGUUACAUUUUCAAUAAAAAUGUGGUUUCAUAUGUACUUAUACGCCUAUACAGUAGGUACCUAAUUUAUUUAUGAAAUAAGUGUGUACGUACUUACUUUUUUUUCUUCAAAUUUUUAGUCAAGUGAAGAAAGUAUUACUCGUGCAAGUGAUUAAAGAACCAAAAAUUUUAACUUUUAUGAAAAAACAUUCAAAAUAAUAAAUUAAUGAUGUAAAGAAAUACCUACAUAUGUUGAAAGAAUCUACAUCUCAUGGGAUUUUGAUUUUGAGAAUUUUGUUACGAAACUAGAAUUCUGCUGAAUGUUGCUUUAAAAAAAUAAAAUAAAAAAUGGAAACAACUGUA